ACGGACGUGAACCAGGUAGGACCAGGUGACGGAAUCCCAUUGAGUGGUCCCACAACAGCCAGGGACGCAGUUGGUACCAGACUGGACACAGUUAGUUGGUACCUGUCUUGAAGAUUGGACCAGGCUGGGCGGGGGGGGUUGGGAGGGUGGUGGCUCAGCUGUAGGUGCUGCCGGUUCAGGUGCCGAUCCUGCUCGGCAGGUUGCUUGUGACUUGCUCCCACCAUGGCGCGAAAUGAGGAAAAGGCGCAGUCCAUGCUCAACAGGUUCCUUACAGCGAAGCAAGAGGAGAAGAAGAAGCCCAAGGAGCGGCGGCCGUUCCUCGCGUCGGAGUGCCGCGAUCUUGCUGAUGCUGAUAAGUGGCGACAGCAGAUACUCCGCGAGAUUGGCCGGAAGGUUACGGAAAUACAGAACCCCGGUUUGGGGGAGCAUCGGCUCCGGGACCUGAAUGAUGAGAUCAAUAAGCUCAUUCGGGAAAAGACUCAUUGGGAGAUGAGGAUCUUAGAGCUGGACGGGCCCAAUUACGGGAAGCAGGCGCCCAAAAUCUACGACAGCGAAGGCGGAGAAGGGGGAAGCGAAGUUGCGGCGGCCACUGGUAAGGGGACCGGGUAUAGGUACUUUGGCGCCGCGAAGAACCUUCCGGGCGUCAAGGAGCUGUUCGACAAACCGGCGCAGCCGAAGAAGAAACGCUCCAGAUAUGACAUGUUUAAGAGGAUCGAUGCCGACUAUUACGGCUACCGCGACGACGAGGACGGGGUGCUCGAGAAGCUCGAGCGAGUUGCGGAGAGGGAGGCGGUCGAGAGGGCUGUCCGUGACUGGGAAAGAAUGCAAGCUGUCAAGACAGAUGCGCGGCGCAGUGUUGUCAGUGGGGAAGUAGCCAGGGUGGGAGAAGGAGAGGAGGAGGAGGAGGAGGAGGAGGAGGAGGAGGAGGAAGAUGACAACGACGACGACGAGCACAUGGAGGAUAAGCAGCAGCGAUCUACUGGAGCCUGGGGCAAGGUUUGGGAGGAGGCAGCCACCCAUCCGCAGAGCGCGGGCAGAGAGUUCGUAGCUCAUGUGCCCCUUCCUGAUGACAAAGAGAUUGAAAUGCUGGUCCUGCAGAAAAAGAAGAAGGAGCUGUUGAGCAAGUACGCCAGCGAUGAGCUUAUCGCCAAUGAGAUGGAAGCUAAGGUCAUGCUCAACUACAUCCGAUGACAGAUUGCCAGGUCAGACAGGAACCGACGAUGCUUGGCCAUUUCUUUUGCUGAUCUUUUUUUUUGGGGGGGGGCAGGAGUUUGGCCAUAUUGAUUGAAUGGAGGUAGCAUGUUUUGCACAGAUUCAAUGCAUUCAAGUUCUCGUAGUGUGUUCGUGUGGGGGAGGGAGUCGUUGGAUUGAGAUAUCGUUCCAGGUGACGGCUGCAAUCGCUGGAAAAGAGCAGGGUGUAUCAUCAAUCAAUCGAUCGAUCAAUCCGUUAUAUUCGAAUAGAACGCCCGGUCGUUAUAUUUGAAUGUGUCAUGGGCAGAGUGCCUUGUAGAGGGAGUGUACACGGGUUUUGAAGGGGGGCAAGUGGGGGUAUACAUGGGUUUUAAAGGUGGGGGGUGAAAGGGGUGAUGACUUCCAAGGG